AUGAUAAUAAAUACAGUGUCUCGACACAUCCCCAAAGCCUCUCACGAAGUCCACGACUCUUACGACCCAUCAACGUUUACGACCUUUGCGCGGCAACGCCAGCCGACUGUUCAACGACCUUCUACAUCAGCCGAUCCCCAAUUCCGACCACCGAGCGCUUCCGACUCUCAGCGUCCCUUACGUCGUAUCCCUCGCCAGACAGAGGUCCGCCAAUCUGUCCACCGUCGAACGGUAUCUUUAGGUGCCCGGGUUCCACACCCCAAUCGACUCCAACCGGCGCGUACAACCCCGGUAUCUGUACAACACGCCGCCAGUGGCAUCGCAGCGCUACGUCCGGCCCUUUCCGAAGCGGAGACCGACGACAACGGGUCUACAGUUGACGACCCAUACCAGCUCCUCAAUACCUCCUACUGGCCGCAGCGAAACACCGGAGUCUCGUCGCGCACCGCGUCGGCAGUCCUUUUUGCCCUCGAGGAAGCUAUACGUGGACCCCUACAGCUCUCCACUGACUGGGACGAGGUGAAUGCUUCUAUGUCAGACAUGGUAGGCGUCGCUGGCCCCGCUGGGCCUGUGGGCAAUAGCCGUGUUCAAAAUGGUGGAGCCCGUGUACCGCAGAACCCCAUCUCAGGGACAUCACAGCCACCGAGUGGUAUGAGGACCCCCACGGAUAUAAUGAGACAGCGCCGGGAUCGAGAGGCUCGCCGCAAAGCGGAACACGAGGCCCAGCAGAGAGAACAGGAAGAAUUAGAACGACAACAACUGGAGCAAGAACAACAAGCUCAUGCUGAAGCCCAGGCCCAGAUACAGGCCCAGGCUCAACAGUACGCUGCUGGCGUUGCCGCCGAAAAUGCCUCACAAUCAAGAAUUAGAGCCCCACGAGCACCAAGGGGCUCCGAAGGACCACCCCAGACCAUGCCCGUCGCUUCAGGGCCAGCAUCUGCCUACCGACCAGCAGCAGAGGUUGCCCCGAGUACCCGACCAUCGGAAUACCAGACCGCACCGCCGACAGCUGGAACGGGACAACUGGCUAGCCAGUCACGACCGACACAGGCAACUGGCCAGCCUCAGCACGGUCGCUCGCAGAGUGCAGCAGAAAUUGGAGCUCAAAGCAGACCAAUUGGGGUCUCCAAAUCCACCCAGGCCUUACCCGCAGGACAGCCUGGUGCCCCCCAAGCUCUUCAGCAGCCGAAACGCGUUGGGUUUCCGCAUGCUUUCGAGCGAUGGGAAACACUGUCCUCACACUGGGAGGGUCUUACGAGCUAUUGGAUGCGCAAGCUCGAACAAAACAACGAGGACUUGGAGCGUGAUCCCAUCAGCCAACAGUUGGCUCGCCAAAUCACAGACUUGUCUGCCGCUGGUGCCAAUCUGUUCCAUGCAGUGGUCGAACUGCAACGUCUACGAGCCUCCUCCGAACGCAAGUUCCAACGCUGGUUUUUCGACACCCGUGCUGAGCAAGAACGCUCGAAGGAAGUGCAGGCAGACUUGGACCGGCAGCUCAAAGAAGAACGGCAAGGCCGAGCCGAUGCCUUUUCCGCCGCCCAGGAAGCCGAAAAGGACAAAGUCAAGGCCGAGGAGCUACUCAAAGAGAUGCGCCGCGAACUCCAAAUCUCCAAAGAGGAGGCACGCCGUGCCUGGGAGGAGCUUGGCCGCCGUGAACAAGAGGAGCGAGACCGCACCAACUCCUUGCGCAAUGGAGAGCCCACGCUGGUCGGAGGCGUUCAGGUUGUGCCUAUGGUUUCUGGCCUCCCUAGUCGUCACACCACUCGCCCGCAGACUCGCGAGGGCUCAUACCCCGGCGGACCGACAGCCACAACCAUGGGCACCGACUCAUACCACGGCAAGUCCACAGGGGGCGCUGGCGGACAAUACUACGAGGAUGGCACGCCGAUGUCUCCCACGGGGUCAGACCCUUUCAUCGAACCCAAAAAGGUAGACCCACCUGCCUCCAAAGCCCCCUACCCGGGUCCACUGUAUGAACACGAAAACACCUCUGUUCCAUACCCAGGACCCACAACAUCAGAACCCGACACGCGCUCGUACGUCGGCAGCAGUGAAGCCGGGGAUGAAGACUAUGCUCCCUACUCCCACGACCAGCAUGGAAACCCCGUAAGCUAUCCACCUGGCCCUUCCUCAGAGGGAAGCGAAGAGUAUGACCCAGAAGGCCAGUACAUGCCCGACGGCGCCUAUACCUCCGCUGCCUCUUCCGCCCCACUGCAGGCUCCGCAUCCGCCCACCUCCGCUGCGGACUACAGUGGCUCUGGCUGGGGUCCUGGCACUGGGUGGGAGUCCGUGACACCGCGCCAUCGUCACCCCACGCGUCUGAGCGAUGUUCUCGAGGAAGACGAGCCUAGUCGCACCAAUCCCAGCCGCGCUACCAGUCGCAGCCAGGCGAGCCGUAGCCAGGCCAGUCGAAGUAUCCUUUAA